CAAUUUUGAAAUGGAGAAAAAACCAAUCAAGUUCACCUCUAUAUUCCAGUAUAUCCCGAAUGAGAACAAUAAAGUAUCAGGAAGGGUGGGGAAAUCCAACAUUGAAGAAGAUUAUAUUAAGAUUAAGUCAUUAUCCCCAGUACAAUGCAUCAGAAAUAUCAGGAUGAAGAAGAAGUUGUUUGAACAAGCAACUGAAUUAAGAAGGAUUUCUAAGAUGAAAGGUAGCAAGUUCGUUAAAGAUGAAAGACAUAUGAGAAUCUUACAGAAGUUGAUGAAGGAUAAAGCUAAGCUAGAUAUAAAAUAAACUGAUAAUGAGCAGAAAUCCCAUUAAAUUAAAGAACUCAGACACUAAUUCGGCAAAAAGAAAGAAUUUUUCUCCUGUAUCAAGAUAUAACGGAUUCCUUUCACCUCUGAAAUUAACUGAAAAGCUGAACCAGACAAACCUAAAUUUCACUCAUUUCAGCCCAAACGCAAAUAUUCAUCGAGGGAUUUAUAGUCCUGAUAGUCAACUCCGGAAGAGGCCUGAUUCAAGGUUCUUUAGCAAGAGGAGAAAGAAAGAAGCCUCUAAAUUUAAAAAGAAGAAGGCUAACAACACAUGAUUCUUUGAAAAUGAUACAAUCUUGGACAAUUUCUAAUUAUUUUAAUAAUAAUUUGAGCUUGAGUAUUAUAA